GACUGAUUUCUGAUUGCUGUUGGAUUGUGUCGGCUUUUUGUCGGUUUUUGGUGUAGAAAUAUAUUUAUGAUCUCAGAUGACUUGAAGUACUGUAGAAUAGGUACUGGGAGGGAAUCCAGUGUAGAUAUCCGUCUAAGGUAAGUUAACGUCCCAUUCGUGUAAACGUGGGAAACCGGGCGUUAUAACAGAUACUUAUGACAUAAAUUUCUGUGUAUUACUGUUUGCGCAAGCCGAAAACCACUGAAGAGUAGAAAGCUCUUGAUGGUAUACUUAAAUGAAGCUCCUCCUGUGGUUCUUCUAGAGUUACUGCUGACCCCGAGUCCGGGUAAAGGUAGAGGGUUGGGAUGGGGUCGGCACCCCAUCCCGUAGUAAAAGGUCUUGCUAAAAAACGCCAACCAGAUUAGACAAAUCAAACCAUUUAAGCUCUGCCCUGGAAGUUAAGGGAAAAAUUUUGACAGUUCAUUGUAAAAGCCGAGAUUCUACGGAAGUCAUGAGGCCGAUGCUCCUUCUAACAACCAGAGCGACAAUUUUUAUAGAUAUAUGGAAUAUCCAGACAAUGUGGGAGGCCGGGAGGAUCAGUCAAAUAGCAACGGAAAUGAAGAGAUACAACUCGGCAGUACUCGGAAUCGGCGAGACCCAUACGACGCAAGCUGGGCAGAAAAGGCUAGAUACAGGAGAGAUGCUGCUAUACUCCGGUCACAAAGAGGAAAAUGCUCCACACACUCAGGGAGUUGCUCUGAUGUUGUCCAAAGAAGUACGAAAUGCACUUACGGGAUGGGAAUUUCAUGGAUCGUGUAUCAUCAAAGCAUCCUUUAAAACAAAGAAGAAGGGAAUCACAAUGUACGUUAUCCAAUAUUAUGCACCCACAAAUGAUGGAAACGACAACAAUAAACAUCAGUUCUACUCGAGGCUGCAAUCAAUCAUAGCGAAGUGUUCAAGAAAGGAUCUCACCAUCCUGAUGAGUGACCUAAACGCUAAAAUUGAUAUGGACAGCACUUGAUAUAAAGAUGUCAUGGGACGACAUGCAAUGAGAGAAUGGAACUAGAAUAGCGAGAGAUUUGAGCCUUCAACAAAAUGGUUAUAGGUGACACAAAAAAUUCAGAAGGUCAGUGAAAGACGUGAAAACAAGCAGAGAAGCUGAUAUAGCUUCAUAUCACCACCUAGUAGUUGCCACGAUGAAACCAAAGCCUAAGAAAAACUGGACAAUCGGAAAAACACCAUUACAAGGGUUCAAUACAGCCUUCGUACGAGAUACCAAUAAAUUCAACGAAUUCAAGAUAAAUCUCAAUAACAGGUUCCAAGCCUUACAGAACCUAUUGAAAGAAGAAGAAAGUAAAACGGAGGACAACUGGAAAAGGACCUCCAAUGCAGAGGUUUUCAUAAUCCAGUCAACCACCAGAAGAAAGAGGAAGGGUGACAGCAGGCAGCCUAAUCUGACUACGGUCCUUACUUGGAAUGCAUCUGUCAGCUGUCUUCCAUGCACGACUUUGCAGUAUAGUCCGACAUAUGAAUGCCGUAUGGUGUUGACGAUCUUCUCAGCUACUCAUACCACAGUGUCUAAGAAGGUUCAAUGAGGUUUUCCUAUCCACACUGUUAAACGAUUUCUCAUAGUCAACAAAGUUGGUGUUUAAUAACGAGUUCCAUUCAACUGAUUGUUCAGUAAUUAUCCGUAGUGUCACGGUUUGGUCUACGCACGACCGAUACACACGGAAUCCGGUCUGUUAAUCUCGAAGCUGGUCGUCUACAGAAUCUUUCAUUCGGUUCAGCAAUACUCUGUUGUUAACGUUUCUUAGUACCGAUGAUAGUGUGAUGCCUGUGUAGUUCUUACACUUGCUCACAUCUCCUUUCUUUUGUAUCCUGAUGAGAUGUCCUUCUUUCCAGUCUGUCGACACUUGUUUUUCGAUCCAAAUCUUUCAGAAAAGAGCACGGAACAUUAAUGCAAUUACCUCCAUUCCUGGCUUUUGUGUUUUAGCCUGCAUGUUUUUCGAUCCUGCUGCUCUCUCACUCGAUAUGUUUUAUGAUAAUGGUGAUUUCUUCGGCUGUUGGUGGAAUGACAUCUUUAGGAAGGAAUGUGUGUGUGUUUCUUUGAUGUUCGAUAAGUCCAGUGGAGCUGGCCUAUUGAAGAGUUUCUCAAAAAGUUCUACUCACCUGUUUCUCUGUUCUUCAAUCUCAGUGAUUGGCUUUCUUUUUUAUGUUUGACUAGUUGUUCUGUUUUACUCUAUUUCUCUACUAGUUUUUUCGUUGUAUCAUAUAGUUGUUUCAUAUGUCCUUCUCUGACAGCUUUUUGCACAGUCGUUGCUAGGUCUUUUACGUACAUUCCCCCCCCCCAAAAAAACUGAUUGAAUGCAGUCCAUAACACCCACAACCUUAAUAUUCAAAUCUUUACAACGAAGUUAUGAUUGCUGUUAGCAUUUGAAAAAAACAACAUGUAUAUUUAAAUCCCUUAAGUGAACGGUUUCGUAUUCAUUUAUCAUAUCAUGUUCAUUAUGACAUUUUAGUUCAUACGUACAAUUGAAAUCAUGAAACCAAUAUAAAGCAGAAAUAAAUCAAUAAAAUUAUAGUGUUAUAUGAAUAAAUUGCUGUCAGUAUUUAUGAAAAUGAAAUAAAUGCUACUUCUAAAAGUUAUUAUCAUUAGAUAAAAUAUAUAAAAUUACUACCAAAUAAUGAAGAAUAUUGAUUUAGUGUAACUUGAUACGUAACUUUUUACAUUAAAAGAAAAAACAUCAUUCACACAAUAGAAACUAUUUGUUUUGUUAUAUCCACUUGGAUUUUAUUUCCUUUAAUGGAUGUGACCGAUAGAUUAAUUUUAUCAACCAGCAUUUAAAAUAUGUUACAUUAUAAUUUCUUUCGAAAAACAUUUCCCACUUUUAUAUACGUUUAAAAAAGCCGUUUAGAAAUUUAUUUAUUUUUCCAUUUUUCCAUCGUGUAACAUCAGAAAGGAAUUGUGUUUAACUGCUGAUUUUAAUAUGUUUCAUUAUAUUCAGAAAUAAAUUUUAAUGACUUUAAUUAUAUGGGUAUGUCUAUACAUUAAUAAUGUUUAACAGGUCACAUUGGAACAGGAGAAAAAUGAAAAGAAAAAAUUGGAACAUGAAUUAGAUGAAUUAACUAGAAAUUGUGAAAAUGUAAGACAGCAAACAAAUGGACAACUUGAACAAGCAAAUCAAAAAAUCACCAAUUUAAUUAAUCAAAUAGACGAAUUAAACAAACAACUUUCUGAUAAAGAUAGAACAAUUGAUAGUUUACAACGACUACGUACUGGUCAAACUUUGUGUGGACGUAAAGAAGGGGCAGAUAUCAAUGAUCCUUCUUCAAGAGCGCUUGUUGAGGAAACUCAAGCAUUAUACCAGACACUCAGAGAGAUUUCUCAGUCUGUACUUAAUGAUGAAAUCGUGCCAUCUGAGCCCUUUGGUGGUGUUGAAAGUUGUUUUCAUCAGUCGAGAUCCCGUUCACCAUGCUAUGCUUCGAAUCCAAAGAUGAUAACUAAUAGUUUCCAUAACUCAAGGGCAGGAGCGUAUGGUCGCACCGGAUCACCACCACCACCAGUUAACAGUACAAGUGCUUGUUAUUGGGGUGAUUCAGCAUUAUCUGCUGUUCAGGCUGCACUUCGUAAACGUGGACUCCAAGUUUCUGAAUUAACGGCCAAGCUGAACAACACUAAAGAUCAGUGUGACUCGGUUAAACACCAGUUAGACGAUAGUGAAAAUGAAAGAAGAAACUUAGAACGUCAACUAAUGAAUAUGCGUGCAGAACUGGACAAUAUACGAAGAGAGAAAGAAGAUAUGGGAAGAGAAGUAAAACGAAUUACAGCAAAUGUUCAAACUCUGGAUAACGAAAGAGCCGAUCUCGAAAGAUUACAUACGAAUACAUCUGACGAACUAAAAAGCUUGCAGAGUGAACUCGAACGUGUUCAAAAUGCUUAUAAUGAGUUGCGUAAAAACAGAGACACAUUAGAAGGUGAAUUAAAUUGUGCUCAGCGUGAUGCUGAAAGAUGUUUAAGAGAGUCUGAACGUUGUCAACGUUGUAUUGAUACACUUGAGGAACGUUUAUCAGCUGAGCGCGAAGAAGGAACAAAUUUACGAAGCGCCCUUCAGAAAGCCAAAUUAGAAGCUGAGAUCAAAGCCAAAGAAUUAGCAGACAUUCAAGACGCUCUAUCAAGAGCUGAAACACGCAAGGCAGAACAGGAAGCUGAAAUAGUUCGACUACGAUCAGAUGAAGCGGCACUAGGUGAACAUUUGUCCAAGUGCCAGAGUAAAUUAGAAGAGGCCUCCAACAAGAGGUCAAUUCUGCAGAGCCAAUUAAGAAAUCAGGAAGCGGAAUACAACCAGCUAGCAUCUGACUAUCGAAAUGCUGAUGCAGAUCGUUCUAGCCUGAAAGAAGAACUUAUUCAAAUGGAAUCACAAAAAAAUGAACUGAUUUACGAAAAGAAUAGCAUUUCUCAAUCUUUAACCAUAUCUGAAGCUGCUCGUGAAAGACUGGAAGAAGAAAUCACCAGUCUGAACAGAGAAAAGUUAGAAAUUACGGAGCAACUGAAUGCUGUUACAAGACAAAAAAAUGGUCUCACUAAUGAACUUAUCCAAAAGAAUAGAGAUUAUGAACGAAUUCGUGAUGUCAUCGGACGUCUGAAUAGAGAAAAAGAAGACUUGACAAAAGAGAAAGGUGAACUUUCGACACAAGUCACUGCACUUAGUAGAGAAUUAAAUCAAACUUGCGAUUUACUUGUAGCGAGUAAAAAAGAGCAUGAAAAUUUAGACGCUGAUUACUAUCAAGCCAAGCAACAAAUAAUGCAAUUGGAAACUAAAAGAGAUUUAUUAGAAAAUGAGUUACAAGAGCAAAAUCUAAAACGAGAAAAUUUGUUGGUUGAACUGAAACGCACUCAGGCCGACCUUCAACACGAAAUUGAACGUGGACUUCAGGCUCGUGAGCAAGCCUCACAGGCUUUACAGAAACGUGAAGAUGAAUUGCAAGGGGCGAUGAAACUAUCAAAAGAGGCAGCUGAAAUCGAAAUAUCCAGAUUGAGAAAUCAGUUGACUGAAUGUAGACAAUUGUCUGAUAAGGAGCUAAGGGAUCUUACACUGAAUCAUAAAGAAGCUAUUAAAGACCUUAUAAAUCAGAGCGAACAAGAUAAACAAGAUUUCGAUAAUGAACUCAUGAAACUUCAAAGGGAAAAAGAUGAAAUAACUUUGGCAUAUGAAGCAGAGAAACAAAAUUUAUUAUCGUUCAAUGAACAAGAGCGAGUUAACUUAAAUGAACGAUUAAAUCAUUCAUUACAACAAAUUAAAGGAUUAGAAUCAGAAAUAGAUAGAAUUAAACGCGAAGCUUCAGCUCGUCAUGAACGUGAUGAUAUGGCCAAAGCCGAUUUGACACGGGAACUGAAAGAAUUCCGUCAACACUAUGAAGAGACAUGUGCAUUACAUGAACAGGCAAUGAAGAGCGCUCAAGCAAAAUCUGCUCAGCUAGCUACUGAAAGAGAUCUAGCAAGAAAUGAAGUGAACGAAUUAAAAAUGCAAAUAAAUUUAAUUGAAGAAGUUCGAGAUGGAUUACAAAAAAAUAUCUCAGAAAUAUCUCGUCGUUUAAAAGAAACAGAUGAAGCUCGAGAAACACUACGUAAAGAAAUUAUUGACUUACGUAGAACUCUAGCUGAAACGCAGCGUGACCGCGACAAUCAGGAAGAAGCCAAAGAGAAUCUCGUGAAACGAGUUCAGUCUCUAGAGACUGAGCGUGUUGAACAAAAUAGAGUACUAACUGACCAACAACAACAAAUCUCUGCUUUUGAAGAACAAAAAUGUGCCGAUAGCAAGGAGAUUGGUGAGUUGCGCUCAAGUGUUCGCGAAAGUGAGAAAGGACGUCUUGAUGUCCGUCGUGAUCUUCAAGAAGUUAGACGUCAACUUAAGGAUAUGCAAUCAGAUCAUGAAAGGCAGACUAAGGAUUUAAUGGAAAUGCAGUCUAGAAUAACACGGGAGGAAGAAAAAAAUGAAGAAUUACGUCAAGAAAAUACCGUCUUGAAACAACGUAAUGGUGAAAUAGACGCUUCUCGUUCUAAGCUACGGAAAGAGUUAUCCACUAGUGAAAGAAAACUAUGUGAUCUACAAGAGCUAUUAUCUAGUAGAGAACGAGAAUACAAACAAGCAGCAGAUCAUGCAAACUGCGAAUAUCGUCGUCUAACGGACACAAGAAAUCAAUUAGAAGUGACCGCUGAGGCUCUGAGUAAUGACUUGGCGGAAGUAAGAUUGGCUUUAAGUGGAGCUGAGGGUCGCGUGAGUACUUUGGAAGCUCAGUUGGCAAAAAGUGAAUCGAUACGAAGAGAUUUUGCAUAUAAGCUGGCAUGUAUACAUAGUUCCCUUCGUAGACUUAUUGGCUAUAACCAAGGUCGCCAUCGAUCGAAAACUCCAUCAAGAAUCAGAGAUUCAACUUCCGUUUCACCUGUUCGUAAACUAAAAACAGGAACAAGUCCAAUAAAUAGUCGUGAUAACUCUCCUGUAAAAGAUGGUGUUAGUGAUUCUAAAUUGUCUAACGUAUCAAGAGUAUAUCCUAGUGAUGGAUCGUUCAAUGCAUCUGACCUAGAUCCUGAAGCAGUUCGUUUGGCUUUACGCGACUUUGUACAGAAAUAUUCCUCAGUAAAACGAGAUUACGAAGAUGCGCAAGCACAAAUCACAUCUCUUCAUUCUCGAUUAAACGAACAAGCUGAACAGACUGAACAGUGGGCUCGAAGACUUCACCAACUUCAGCAGGCUUUGUGUGAAGCUGAAGCAGAUAAGAAAGGAGUAGACGGAAGAUUAUCUACUACUCAAACUGCUCUUAUGCUUCAAGAAGAAACCUUACGACAAAAUGAACGUGACAGAAAAAUAAUGGCAGAUAAAAUAAGUCAACUAGAAAGACAGAUAUCUGCCAUAGAAAAUGAGAGACAUGAGGAUCAGGAAAAAAUAAUGCAUUUACGUCAAACUGGAGCACGCUUUGAAGAGGAGCGACGUCUCAGUCGAAGAGCUUUGGAUGAUGCUGAAAAUCACAUCACACAACUUGAAGUAACUAGACGAUCAUUAGAAGGUGAAUUGCAACGACUCAAGAUGUGCAUCAGUGAUAAGGAAGCUGAGAAUCAAAUGCUUGAGGACAGAUGUCAAAACCUUUGCAAACAAAUACAGGAUUUAGAAUCGAAAUCACAGUCAUUACAACUGACAGUUGAUCGUUUAAGUACAGCGUUAUCUAAAACAGAAGAGUUAGAAAGUGCAAGCAAAGAUAAAAUCCAACAACUUAAUUCAAGUCUUUCAGAUCAUAAUCAAACCAUAUUAGAAUUACAAGAACGUCUAGCGCAUUUACAAAAAGCUCUAACGAAUUCAGAACAUGAUAGACGAAUAAUACAAGAGCGAUUAGAUAAUACACGUAGUGUGUUGCAUGAACAAAAACAUCAAAACCAACAGUCAUGUGAAAGAAUACAAUCAUUACAAAGUGAGUUGGCUGAUGCUGAAUUGCGUCGAGGAGAGCUUGAAAAUCAAGUUCGUCAAACAAAUAAUACUUUGGAUAAACGUCAAGAAAAUGAACAAGAACUCAAUAAACAACUUCAAACGCUUUUAAAGGAAAGACAAGAACUAUUUGACAGAGUGUCCUGUUUACAGCGCAAUUUAACAGAUGUUGAAAAUAUGCGUGAUCACUUAAUGAGAUCAAGUACCCAUCUAGAAAAAGAUAGGCAUAAUCUUAAACGACAUUUAGAAAAAGCCGAAAGAGAAAAACAACAAAACGAAGAAAUUGUGAAUAAGAAUAAUCUUGAUCGUACGGAGUUAGAAAUAACAUUACGACGUCUGGAAGAAGAGAAUUCAAAUAGAAGAAAGCAGAUUCAGUUCUUACAGUCCAAAUUGGUUGAGAUGGAACAAGCUCAUGCUAAACACCUAAAUGAACUAGCAAGUCGACAUCGAGCAGAAAGUGAAUUGGAACUAGAAAGACUGCGCUGUGGCAAAGCUCAAGCUGAACGUGCACUUGAAGCACGCGAACGCGCCCACAAACAGCGUGUUAGAGCUUUGGAAGAUCAAGUUGUACAGUUAAAAGUUAAGCUAGCCUCACUUAAAGAUCAAUUGAUAGUAGAAGCAAAUAGACCACAGCAAUUAAUAAAUAAUCCAAAUAAAUUUCCAACAACUAUUCGCCCUGAAAUUCCAUUGAAUACAUCAUCUACUAACCGACGUUCAAUAGAACGCAAAUCUGGAGGACAAGGUGAUUUAUCAUUGAAAGCAUCAUUAUCAAGCGGUGAUAUACGUCGGCUAACAGAUAACGGAAAUACAGAAAUUCGCAAUACAGCAGGAUCAAAAUAUUUAACAAGUAGUCGACCAAAUAGACUUCCAAGACGAUAAUUAAUUUACCUGAUAAAAAAAUAUCUGUCAUAGACUUUAUGAACAUAAUACAAUGUUAAAUUUUAAAACUAGGUAAACAAUGUUCAUCAGGGAUCAACUCAAUCUUAAAAUUAAAAAGAAAAAACAAAACAAGGAUUAUUUAUCUCAAUUUUUUGUCCUAAUGUGUAAACUUUCUUCGUCUCUUGGAGUAUAUCCUUUUUUGUGUAUUCAUAUUACUAGGUUUUCGUAUGUGUUUAUUUUAAGAAACAUGCAAAUUCACUUCUAAAUUACUUUAUACAUAUUAUUUAGAUUUCCAAUUCUUUUUGAGAAGAAAAAAAUGAUUGAGAAAUUAUUAGUUAUUAAAAAUGCGGAACAAUAGUAUUCCUUUCUUUCAAAUUUGAUUUCAUACAAACUUACAAUCCAAAAAAAUAUAGAAUGAUAAAUUCAAGAAAUACUACAAAUGAUAAUCAGAUCACAA